AUGGGUCUCGUCGAUUAUUCCGACUCGGAAUCAGACGCCGAAAUCGAAGCGCCGGCCCAGCCCGUCGUCACCAAGGCUCCUCCCAAGAAACCUGCCUUCCAGAAGGUCGUCGACCGAGCGAACCCGGGCAAAAUCACCAUCAACCUCCCCCAAGUCGCCUCUUCUGCCGGCGAAGGCGCACCAAACGGCGACGAACCGCCGGCGAAACGCGCGCGCACAGGCGGUGGCGGCCUCUUUUCCGGCUUCAAUUCGUUUCUCCCACCGCCAAAGAACACGGGCAAGGCGACGACGCUGAGCAAACCCGCCGGCAGCAGCCAGACUCGACCAGGCAUCAAUCUCAAGACCAGUGCGGAAAGGGGCUUCAGCCGCGAAGAAGAUGCCUCGAGCGCGUCCAGCGGCGCAGACGGCGCUGCGCCUGGAGGGUUGAACUUGCCACCACCUAAACGGCCGGCGGAGCCCUCGAUACCGGACACAAUGAAGCCUGCUGAAGAGGUCAAGCUGGUGGGCAAACCACUAAUGUUCAAACCCCUGUCGGUUGCUCGGAAUACGAAAAAGAAGACGACAAAGAGCACGGCGACACCCGCUUCCGCCACAUCGACAUCAAAGUCACCAGCCUCGAUACAAGCGACGACCUCGGCGGCAGGGCCAGAGCCAGAGUCAGCUCCCGCUCCAGCGCCGCCUCCGAAAAAGACAUCACUCUUCUCAUUACACGUGGAAGAACCGUCGGAACUAGCGCCGACAGAAGGAAGGGGCACUUAUGAACCACUCUUUGAGACUGGGGAAGCGACGGAUCUGUAUGGCGCGAAUGGCCUCGACGAGUACUCGCAGCAUGUCAACAGCGGCCAUAUGCCUGCCACCGUAGCGACAUCAUCCAACGCGACAGAGUCGCUGGACAGCGUUGCCGAUGAUUUGAACCUUUCCGCAGCGGCGAGAAGAGAAUUGUUUGGGCGGGGAGGCAGUGGACAGACGGCGAAGAAACUCAUCAACUUCAACAUGGAUCAAGAGUAUCAGCACAACGAAGAGCUCAGAGCUGCCGGCGACCAGCAGAUUCACAAUCCCGUCCGCGCCAUACACGGCGGCAAGCACAGCCUCCGCCAGCUGGUACAGAAUGUUUCCAACCAGCGGGAGGCGUUGGAGGAGAGCUUUGCAAAGGGCAGAAGCAAUCGCCGAGAAGCUUCGAGCCGUUACGGGUGGUGA